CCUAUAAUUAAACGAAUGUCACCUUAGAAAGGCGACCAAUUGACCGCGAUCACCUCUUGGCAUUCCUUGUUUCUAUCGAAGAUACCUAUUCUAGAUUCGGUUUCUGAAAUGCUAUGCCAAACUUUACAAAACAGUUGACGAUAGACGCAUUCUUGCCAUGAGUGAUGAACUGUGCUCGCGAUGCCAGAACUUCAACAUACAGGCUUUCGAGAGGGGAGGUUACGCUUACCGCGGCUAUCCCAUCGCGGCAGUGAUUCGCUCCGCGACGGCUGAGGAGAGCUGUUCUUUCUGUAGCAUGCUCCUCGAGCACCUAAAAAUUGCGGAUCGCGGUAACAAGACGAGUUUUCUGAGCAUCGAAAUUAGAAAACAAUCGGGAGAGGCGGAUCCUGUACCAUGGUUCUCGUUCGAUCGUCUCCAUGUACUAAGGCGACAACUCAUCUCCAUGACCUACGGCCCUGUUUGGGUCCAUUUUUCGAUCCAGAGAGCAGAUCGACUCCCGAGCCGAGGGGAAACCGCGUUGAAUAUUAUAAAGCUUCGGGCCUUCGUCUCACCCACGAUAUCGAAAUCGCCAACGUUAAUAGGCUUUGGAGCAACGACACCCGCCGUACAAUUCAACCUUGCGGCAGAUCCAGAAACUCCAGCAUAUACGUCCCAGGACAUCACAGGUAGUCUCUCGUCAGUAACGCACAACUGGUCGUGGUCGUACCUGGACCACAUCCAGAAAUGGCACAAAAAGUGCCGCGAGAACCAUCCCGAAUGUAACAAGACUCUUUCGCGGUGCGAGACCUUCGACGUUGAGAACGCUCCGUUGCCUAGCCGCUGCGUAGAGGUCUCCUUUGCGGAGCCGCCGACCCCCAACCACGAAUCCGACUCGCUAAGCUUCGUGCUCCGGGAGACCAAGGGCCAAACAGGGAAGUACAUCAUCCUCAGCCACCGCUGGGACGAGUCCACCGAGCGCGCCAGGACGCUCCUGGACAACUACGCCUGCCGCACGGCGCGAUGCGGCCACCCCGCCCGGGCCGCGUGCAACUUCCCACCCUUGAGCCCCCUCUUCCUCGACGCCGUCCACGUCGCGCUGCGGCUCGGCGUCCGCUACGUCUGGAUCGACUCCCUGUGCAUCGUGCAGGACGACUCCGCGGACUGGGACCACGAGGCCGUCCGCAUGGCCGACUACUACCAGUACGCGUGGCUCACCAUCGCCGCCACGGCGACCAGCCCGUCCGGAGGCCUGUUCCGCGCGCUCCAAGCGCGGGAUCUGCCCCGGGUGACGCGCCUCCCGUACCGAGAUGGCGAGACGGGCGCGCGGGGGGGCUACUUCUACGCGCAAGCUGCCGGGAACACGGCGCUGGCGAUGGAGUACUGGAAGAACGUCGGGACCAGCGCGCUGCUGGGCCGCGGGUGGGUGUACCAGGAGUGGAUGCUGAGCCGACGGCUGCUCGCGUUCUCGGGGUCGAGCGCGGGCAUCUUCAUGCAGUGCCAGGAGGCCCUGCCGCAGACCGUGCGCGGCGACGUGGCGAAGCAAGAGUGGGUAGAGGCGGGGGAGACUCCCAAGGGGCUAGUCGACAAGGCGUUUAAAGUAUCGAUGAAAUUCGGUCUGGCGAGCGUAGCGAAGAUCCUGCACUCGUGGGAGGCGGCUGUGGAGGCGUAUUCUGGUCUCCAGCUCACGUUCGUCGAGCAAGAUCGACUGGUGGCCCUUGCCGGAGUGGCGAAAGAGUUCGGGACCGCCUUGCAGAUAAGAUCUUCGGGUAACGGCCCAUCAUAUCGCUACGCGGCUGGGUUAUGGACUGGGUAUAUCCGCGGGCUGUUGUGGGAACAAGCCGAGAGUGGGGUGCGGGUGAGGGUAAAAGGAAUACCGACGUGGUCGUGGGCUUCUAUGGGUACUUACCACACGAAUGAGGAGGGCAAGAAGGUUAAUUCGGGCGUGAGAGUCCGGUGGGCUCGAUAUUGGAAGUCGACGAAGCUCUGUACUGUGAAGGCUGUUAAUAUGAUUCGAGUCACGCCCCGAGAGUGGAGGCCGCAGUUUGAUAGCGCUAUUAUCGAUCCGUUGCCUGGAAGUAUGUACGGAAAUGAUAGCCGUUUUGCUCUUCUGCAGUUGGGUGGACGACUUCAACCGGUUAUUAUUGAUGGGCACUUCGAUAAUGCAGACGAGACGGGCGCUUCUGCGCUACUGACAGACCAUAAACCAGAUUUUGGGAGGGACAUGUGGAGGAGGGUGGCGCUGGUCGACGCCCCGGAAGAGCUCGUAGGUUGGGCAUCCAUUGAGCAUCCUGACCAUCAGAAUAGAGAGAAUAAUCGUAUUAACGGUCCUAUAUAUGCCUUUUUCGUGGCAAGCACUUGCAAGUCUGACACGGGCUACGGUUUUGGGAAUUGGUCGAACCAACAUACGGUUUACCAGGUGCUUUUCUUGAGUAGCGUGGUGGUUCCUGGACACGAUAAUUGCUACGAGCGUCUAGGGACUGGUAGACUCUUUGGGAAUAAUGUUGAAGCGGCGUUUGGAAAGUUGAAGGAAGACCUUAUAUGGUUGGCCUAAUAUCGAUUCUUGUUAAUGUUGACAUUGAUAUCCUAAAAUAUUAUGUUUUUAAUCCUACGCGCUUGGGCUUUUUUUUUUUUUUUUUUUUGCC